UUCCGAUCUGUCGGACCGGGAGGGUCCUUUUUAUUCACAUCUUUUUUUUCUCCUUUUUCGCCGUGCUCUUUUCCAAAUUAUCGAGUUUCUUUUUUUCUACUUGCUGCUUCAUCGUUCGUUUCCGCUGGCAUAGCAAGAGAUGCCGGUAGUGGUUCCCUUUUUUGGGAGCAAUCCUUUGUCCAUUGUGUUGGCUGAACCGGUCGUUAUGAUUAAUGAUUGUCCAGAUGACACCAUCGCUCACACAUUACAUGGUAUCCUUGAAUACGUCUUGACAAAACCUACUACAGUGACCCAGAUAUCGAUCAAACUCGUUGGCAAACUGCGAAUGAUGUGGCCCGAUGGAUUAGGCCGUGGUGGCAGUCGAACAUUGCACGAUAAGGUCCUCCAUGAACAGAAGCACGUUCUUCAAUCAUGGCCCGAAGGUCAGCUAUUGGAACCGGGCCUGCAUCGAUGGACGUUUGAUUUCUUCAUCCCGAGCGAGAUCAUAGAAACCAUUGAGGAUAACUAUACCCAAGUAUACUAUUAUCUAUCGGCCGCAGUGCGUCGUGUCACCACGUUCCAACCCAACCUACGAUCACGGCAAAAUUUGCUCAUCCUUCGUACCCACAGCUUGGCCGGACAAGCGCUGAUGCGUCCCAUGCUAAUAGACACAUCGACCAGCGUUCAGCGUACCAUUGACGAAUGCGAUGUUACAGCUUGUCUCGAAAAACCAGCCACAUCUUCAGGGACCCAGAUUCCGAUAACUGUCCAUAUUCAACCACAUGGCAAAGAACUUUUUCUCGAAGCGAUCUCGGUCAUUGUUACUGAAAGAAGGACCUACCGGUUUCUGGGUGACCAAAUGCAACGGACGGAUGAGAACAAUUUCAAAUUGACGCUUAUUUCAGGCACUAAUAUGGCGGAUCCGGCAUUUGGGAUUCAAGAUGUGCCCGAAACCCAACUUCGUAAAUUAUUGACGGCCAAAAAUGCGCACGUCGCCAUGAAUGCGCCAUUCCAAUACCGCUUAAUAUUGGCUUUACCUUGCUGUCCCCACCUGAAUCACUCAACCCAAUGUCCCUUCAUUUCCAUCACUCAUCAUCUUCACAUUGAAAUCGACGUUUCGCAUUGUACCAUUCCCACAUCAUCCCCCAGUUUGACUCCUUCUUCCUCCUUCUCUUUUCUUCCGUCUACCGCAUCUCCAGCGUCACCGGUCGAGUCAAGAAAAGUCUUGCAUAUGGAGCUUCCUUUGACCGUGCUCGAUUGUCGUCUGAAAGAAGACGCUAAUUUCUUACCGACUUAUGCAGAAGCUUUGACCAUGUCCAAUUCCGACGUCAUGGGAUCCCCUGAAAGUGCCGCAGGGAUAUUCCGGUGCCCCUGUUAUCUUGACUAUUGCAAAAAUCGACGCAAUGCGAAUCAAUGGCCAGACAUCAAUCCAGAGAACUUCCGCAAUAGAUCCCUUCACACCAAUAGAAUUUCACUCAACGAACCACCGCCUUAUGAUGAUGGCGUUCGCAUCCCGCCCUAAUAACUAAUGCACGUGAAAUAAACAAGUAUAGACCCGACUUCUUUUUCUCAAUCAUCUUUGAUUCAAGA